ACGUGGCAAAGUUGGAGCAGAUGUCUCGGGCGGUCCAUGCAAAAGGAGCGCCCCUGACGAACUGUUGGGGAUUCAUUGAUGGCACGGCACGCGCCAUCUGCCGCCCCUCAGAGUCCCAGGAGGAGUAUUUCUCUGGGCACAAGCGCCACCAUGUGGUAAAAUACCAAUCAGUUAUGUGUGCAAACGGAAUCAUUUGCGAGCUUGACGGACCAUACAAGGGACGUCGACAUGACUCCGGUAUGCUGCGAGAGAGCCAGCUGUACGACAAAUUGUUGCAGUUGGUGGAUGGCCACUCAUAUGUGCUGUAUGGUGACCCGGCCUAUCCCUUGAGGCCACUUCUGCUCAAGCCUUAUGGCUCAAAGGCGACCCCAGCACAAGUGGAAUUUAACAAAGCGAUGAGUACCGUAAGGCAAGCCGUGGAAUGGGGGUUCGGCAAGGUUGUUGCCGAGUUUGCCUUUGUUGAUUUUAAAAAGAAUCAAAAGAUCCGCAAGCAAAAAGUGGCUCUCAUGUACAGGGUGGCUGUCCUUCUGUCAAACUGCCACACCUGUAUCUACGGAAGCCAGAUAACUAGCUUUUUUGAUCUGGAACCUCCGACACUGAUAGAAUACCUCCAGCCCAUGUCUAGGUAAUAGCUUUUUUUGUUUGAUUUUAUGUGGCAUGAAAGGCUGGCAAAUUGCCGAUACUUAAAAAUGACAGAGUGCCUUUUAAAAAAGCCUCACAUUUCUUACAAGUGCAGAACCCAGGGAUCCUGGGUUCAAUCCCCGCCCCUGC